AUGAAGAAGAACGGUGCGGGGUGCUUUACGACCGAGAACACCCUGUCCUGGAUUGAUGUGGAUGUGAGUGGUCUUAAUGGCGAUGGUCUGCCUAAGGCGCGUGCGGGGCAUUGUGCGGCUGUGGUGGGCACGAGAGUGUUUGUGUGGAGUGGCCGCGACGGCUACCGCGAGAACCACAAUAACAGCCAGGUGUGCUGCCAAGAUCUGUGGCUGUUAGAGACAGCCCCUCCGCCGAAGAGCUCUGAGUUCAGUCCUCAACGCAUCACCGCCCUGACAGUCAUUGGCCGCUGGUCGCCUGUGCCUACCGCCGAUGCCUACCGCCUGCAGAUCAUGCUGUGCCACGACCAGUCAGAGGUGUGUACGUACCAACACUCUGACCAGGUUGUGGGACGUAGGUGCUGCGGGUGUUUGGUUGAUGUAUGCAUCUUCAUGUGGGUAUUGCGCCAUUAUGAGGGUGGCGGUUUUAUGGAGCUUGGGCCAAACGGUGAGAGUGAUAGGGGUGUUGUCAUGUACGAGCGAAGCUCAUUUGAGUCCUCACACCACGUCUGCGUAUAA